AUGCCGGACACCAGCGCUUCUCAGAACCAGUCCCAGUCACAGGCUGCAAAGAAUUCUUCCGGUGCCAACCCCAGCAGCUCCAGCAAGCCUGACCCCUUCUGCCUGAGCCAGUACAUCAAGGGUACCGACGAUCCCUGGUCAGUCUACAACAUGACCUACUCUAACUCCUCCGACUCCUCUGACUCCAGCACCGACAAAAAGAUGAACCCCGGUGGACGUGAGAGGUACAGGGUGAAGAGCUAUACGAGCGUCACCCGGGGAAAAAAAGACGAGCAACGUGAGCCUGCAAGUAACAUGAUCGGUCCCUCUUGUCCCGGGCAUGCAGCAGAGCAUGGAUUGACCAGGGGAACCGAGCGAGAUCAAGGAAUAAUAACUUCUUCAAGCAAAGGCUUCCUGGGAGGCAGAUUAGGGCCUGUCAGCAACCACGUUGGCCCCUUGCUGAAGCCGUGUACUUCGGCAUGCAGAAGCAAGUCUCUGAGCAUCGCCUCUCUUUUCUCCCCCUGCACGCCUUGGAGUCAAAAAGAUAAAUCAGAAAAGAAAAAGGCCAAAGCCCAGCAGGACCAGAAAGAUGAAAAAGAAAAGAAACAAAAAGAUGAACGGCUAUCAAAGUGA